AUGGGUCUUCCUGUGGACACUAGGCCUGCUCCUGGAGAGUUUCAGCAUGAUAUUCCAGAGGUUGACGUGGAAGGAUAUGAGCAGUUUGCGCCCAUAGAUGAAUUGUCUAGACUUGAGGUUGGGGACGAUUACUGUCUCCACUGUCACGAAGGAUUUCAGAUGAAUGAAAAGGUUGUUCAAGCGCGUAACGAAAAGUACCACGUUGGUUGUUUCGUUUGUGCCCAGUGUUUUCAGCCCUUUCCCGAUGGUGUUUAUUACGAUUUUGAUGGUAGGAAGUAUUGUGAGCAUGACUUUCAUGUUCUGUUCGCGCCGUGCUGUGGGAAAUGUGGUUAUUUCAUCGUUGGUCGUGUUAUUAAAGCAAUGAACAGCAGCUGGCACCCUGAAUGCUUCCGCUGCCAAAUCUGUAGUAAAUGUCUUUCUGACGAUGGCUUUGUUAAGCAUGCCGGUCGAGCUUUGUGCCACGAAUGCAAUGCCCGAGAAAAAGCAAAUAGUUCUGGGAGGAUACUGUGUUUCAAGUGCCAUUCAUACGUUGAUGAAGGCCAGCAGCUAAAGUAUCAGUCGGAAGUCUACCACGCGUAUCACUUUACUUGUUCGUCGUGCGGUUCAGAACUUAGUUCAGACGCCCGGGAAAAAGAUGGUGACCUCUAUUGUCUUCGCUGUUUUGACAAAAUGGGGAUCCCGAUUUGUGGAGCGUGUCGUCGGCCCAUCGAGGAGCGUGUUGUACAUGCUCUUGGAAAGACCUGGCAUGUAGAACACUUUGUCUGUGCGCGUUGCGAGAAGCCCUUUUUAGGAUCGCGCCAUUACGAGAAAAAGGGUCUGGCCUACUGCGAGCUUCACUACCAACAACUGUUUGGCAUGUUGUGCUAUUCUUGUAAUCAGGUCAUUCCUGGGGAGACUGUAUUUGCGUUGAACAAAGCCUGGUGUGUUGACCACUUUGGAUGCAUUGUCUGCGAUCGACGGAUUAGUCCAAAAACAAAAUUCUACGAAUUUGAUCUUCGUCCAGUGUGCAAAUCAUGCUACGAGAUGUUCCCUAUUGAGCUUCGCAAGCGAAUUGCGAAAAUGCAUAAGCUGGAGAAUUGA